AUGGCACCAAAACCUAAAAGAGAAGACUACUUCACAUAUGUAUUAUUGUUUGAUAAAGGUUCGGGUAGUCCAAAGGUCAACUAUUUAAUGAUAGAUCCAAGGGCUCCUAGUCUCAUGCUUCCAAAGAUGAACACCAUAAUUAUGAAUAGAUUGAACAAUAUUAGUGGUUACAGAACGGUAGUCUUGGACAAUUAUUUGUACGUUAUUGGUGGUAAAGACUGGACGACCGGUGAAUAUUUGACGACAGUGCGCAGAUGUGAUCUUCAGAUGAAUGGAUGGAAAGAUAUGCAUCCGUUGGAAACACCCAGAUGCAGAUUUACAGCUUCAGUAUUAAAUGGUUAUAUCUACAUAAUAGGAGGGGAAAGUUUGCAUGGUCGAGUAAUUGAUUCAGUAGAGAGAUUUGAUCCAAAGAAAAACAGAUGGAGAAAAAUGACACCAAUACCACGGCCUCGAGCUGACCACGCUGUCUGUAAUUUAAAUGGGUGUCUCUAUGUCUCUGGUGGUAUAAGUAACUUAAGGCACAACUGUUCCAAUGUUUUCUGGAUGUAUAACGUUGCAGACGAUGUUUGGAGUGAGCCAUUAGAAGGUAUAGCUUUACCCACAGAACGUGAUAAACACAAUAUGAUAUCUGUUGGAAUGACAAAAAUAUUUGUUCUCGGAGCCAUACCUAAACAUUCCCUCGAGAAAGCAAAGAUGCCGAGUUCCGAAGCUCAGAAUCUCAGAUGCCACUUCACAUCUCACAUGUAUGAAAAAUAUUGUAAACCAAGAUUUGACAGAAUAGAACAUCUAUGGCCAAAGCUGGAAGCUUUUAGUCCGAAUAAUGACUUUCAUUUUGGUACGCAGUGCAGCAGAACUUCCAAAGAUAAAGCAAAUGUUUGCCAACAUCUUGAUGCAGAUGAAAUUGAAAGUACUGAAAUCGAUGAAGACCCUUAG